CAUUUAAUGUUUUGUAAACAAUACGAAAGUGCGUUGGAAAGUUAAAAUAGAGAAAGAUACAAAAAUAAUUGAGUAGCACGGAUUGCAGGUGGCGAUUGAAUAUACAUACGUAUAUAGUGGCAUUAUAAUUUCUUAACGUGGAAUAGAAAAAAUAAAUAAAAAAGUAACAUGUGAGUUAAAAGGCAAGCGAUGCAUUUUAGUAUGUGAUCAAAUCCCGGAUAUUUUUUAGACAUGGAACAUUUCGUUCAGGAAUAAUGCAAAAUUUUUGCACAUGGGGGAAUGUGAAUAAUAGUCCUCUUCAUUGGUGUGAUGGAAUGAUGUUAUUCUUUUUAUUUUAAGACGUAUUUGUAAUUUCGGAAAGCCUAUCCAAUAUUGACAUAUAUAAAAGCCAUAAAUAAACUUAACCAAAAGCUGUGACAAACAAUAGUUUUGGCUUUUUCCGUCGUGUUCAAUGUGCUCGCAAAAUAAUAUUUAUAAAAGAACCGAACCGCAGCAAUAGAAACGUUAGCAUUGAAGCAAUAACGAAUAAAACAAAAGAUAUAACAAACGAGAGGUGAAGGUCUUAAUAGAGCAACAGGAAAAGUUGUUUGUCAACUUGUGGCGUCCCUAGAUUUCGGCAGUUGAUGUACUCCUGACUGGUGCGUCAGAUAGCUCGGUCGUUGAAGUAAUAUUAAUAAUAGAAGCAAUUAGUACAUACACAAUGUCUUCCGUUACCCGUAGUGCGAGUGCUAGUCCAUCUGUUGGCCAUUCAAAUAACCAUCAGCACCCACAUAUUAUUCAAACGGAACGUCAAAGUUAUCAGCAUUCAACAGUAGAUCCCAGUAAUUUUCCACUUAAAUCAAUAACAGAUGUUGUGAAUUUUUUUCGUCGAUCACUAGAAUCAGGUUCCCAGGGGCAUGGAAUUGAGCCCGACUUAACUUUGCUUUCAAUUGUUGCGGGCUAUGUCGAGCUUUCCUUAACUACAGGUGAUGCUGCCUUAGCAGCCGAACAUGCACUAUCGAACGCAACUACAAAUACGACUAUUUCUUCCCUUCCACUUCUUGCGGCUGGUGUUGGUUUAACGUCAGCGUCAACUUGCGGCAUAAUAAAGAGCAACAGUGUACCUUUUCCUGUUGUAACUUAUGAGUUGGUUUCGGGAUUAUAUAAAAAAUUUCAAAGCAUACUAUCCGUAGUUGAUAAACCAAAACCAACGCAAAAUCGCCAAGCAACUCGCGAAGUCAUCAAAAAAGUAUCAGACGUAAUUUGGCACUCUUUAAUAAGAAGUAGUUACAAGGAUCGGGCUCAUUUGCAAAACCUGUACAGUUAUUUAUCUGGCAAUAAAUUGGAUUGCUUUGGUGUAGCUCUUGCAGUUGUGGCAGGCUGUCAGAUGUUAGGCUAUCGUGAUGUACAUUUGGCUAUAUCUGAAGACCACGCCUGGGUCGUAUUUGGAUUAAAGCACACUGAAUGUAUUGAGGUUACGUGGCAUGGUAAAGGUAGUGAAGAUAAACGCGGUCAAGAUAUAACCGCUGGGAUUGAAUCUGGAACCUGGUUAUAUUUGGGUGGCUUGGCAGUUGUAUGUGAUAGAGCUAUGGAAGUUACUGCUGUAGUCUCAGCGAUUAAUAUAUCAAUGACAGCAAAUAGUGAUUGUGUAGAAGUUGCGGAUUUGCAGCAAAAAUUGCUUUGGUUACUGUACGACAUGGGUCAUUUGGCAAAAUAUCCCAUGGCUUUAGGAACACUUGGCGAAUUGGAAGAAAUAUGUCCAUCACCAAAACGCAUAUCUUGUGAACAAUUAUAUAAAGAGGCUAUACAAUCUGCUCGUAAAUAUUAUCGCAACCAUCAUGUUUACCCUUAUACCUACCAGGGUAAUUUUUAUAAUCGGCUCUUAAAAUAUCGUGAAGCCUUUGCUGCGUGGGCUAAUGCCGCAGAUGUAAUACGUCUCUAUACGUACAGUUGCCGCGACGAUGAGGAAAUCUAUAAAGAGCUUUUGGACAUUGCGAAUGAGAUGAUACCCCACGUUAUGAAAACGGAAAGUUCGGGUCAUUCGGCACGAAGUAUUUUACGCGAUUCCGAAGUAUUUGCAAAUUUAUUGCGUUUCUAUGAUGGUAUUUGCCAAUGGGAGGAGGACAGUUUAACACCAAUAUUGCAUAUUGGUUGGGCUAAACCAUUAGUAAAUAACAUUACAAAAUUCGAUUAUGACAUUAGGUCACAAGUUGUGAUUAAGGUUCCUGAAGAGGAUGAGGUGUACGCAAAAAAACAAAUAUCUCCAGGAUUGGCUGAAGCAACAACUUCCUCAUUGAGGAUUUUAGAAAAUUCACUAAGAGAAGAAUCCUCUGAGUUUCUUAAAAUUGAAAAGAUGCCUGUGAACUCCGAUUUGAAAAAGGAUCAGGUUGUUACCUGCAUUAUGAAUAACAAUACUCUUAAAAAGGAAGAGAAGGCUUCUUUGGAUGCGAAAAAAUCGGAUAUUACGGCUACGUUGGCGAAUCUAACUGCCGCAUGUGGGGAGAAGAUUUUAAAUCCUGAAUUUUUAUUGCAGGGCGGAGGCGAGCCUUUCGCUGAACAAAAGAAACAGUUAGAACAGAGGCAGGGAGCCUGUAACAGCGAUUCAGCAAAUGGAGUAAGAAAUAUCACAAGUAAAAAUAUCGACUCAAGCUUGGAGACCGAGAAAUCAAAACUCAGUGCAAAGUUGGUCCAAGAUAAUGAAGACAUUAUUAACAAUACUCUUUCAUAUUUGAAUCCAUCUCCAUCUCCACCCUCACCCGAAGACGAGAAUCCGUUCGAGUUUAUGACUAAACGUCCCAUUAUUACACUUUACAGUCAAAAAAUGAAGGGACUUAAAGAUCUUCUGUUAGCAGAAAAAUUAAAUACCCAUGCUAUUUCGCUACAAGUCACCGCUCAAUCUGUAGCCAGCAAGAAGAUAAGAGGAAUCGAUAAGCUUGGCAAUCAUACGAGCACUUCAACCUAUGCAACUGCUCAUGUACCAAUCAAUGCUUCACAGUCGGCUCAUCCAAAUCAUUAUGGGAACUUGUCUGAUGGUAUAACUAACGUAAAUGAUAAUGGUGGUGUAGCUUCUUCAAUUGCUUCUUCACGACCUAAGCGUUCUCGUCGCGAGUAAGUAAUACAGUUGAGGAAACUCAGGUCAGGAAUUAGGUGUAUGGGCCACCUUUAGUUGAACUUUCAGAAAAUACAAAAUUUCCAGAACCCCACCCGAACAGUGGAGUCUCCGUGCUCUCCGUUAGAGAGCAAGCAAGCAAUUUGCAACACGACAACAAUGACAUUGAUCGGGAGACCCUUACCACCUUCUUAACCUCCCCACCCUCGAAUCGUAGUCCAACCACCACCCACAGCAGAUGAAGAGCUCCAGCUAUCCCGAAAGACUUGCGUAACCUUGGCACAAUUACGUUCUGGAUAUCUGUUACAGCAGGUUAAAUUGUUACCUACCGAGAAUCGACCUCGAGAUACUAAACAUAUGUGCAGCAUGCGAAGACACCCCGCACGAUAUAACCACCUUUUCACAUGCCUCAUCUAACAACCUCGAACUUAUAUUUUUUUUCAUUUUUUCCUGAAUUUUAAAAAAUUCUGCAAUAAUGAUGCCUUGAUUUUGAAGGGUCAGAACAAACUAUUCGAUAUUCUUCAUUGUGACAAAAAAUAUAAUCCUUUAUAUGAUGAUGAUAUAUGGUAUUUAAAAGUAUACUCUGAUAAAAGUAAUUAGUGUGCAAACUAGAGUAAAAUUAAUGCAAGAGGAAAAAGAUUAGCAAACGAAAGCAUUUCUCUACCAGUUAUCUUUAAACGACUAUGGAUGUCCAUUCACCAUAGUUAAUGUUAAGAAAAUCUAAAUGAAAAGCUUUCUUAGACAUAAGUAAAAGUAAAAUAUUGCAUACGCCUUCAAAAACCGCAAAUGAGAAAGUUAUUAAUACUAUUAUUAAUUGAUUCCUCUCUUAUUUCCACAAGACAACAUCAUUUAAAUUUUCAUUUCCCUAAUUUCCCUUAUUUCACAGUUUUCUUUGAUCUUCGUCAGCGUAUUCGAUCUUUUAGCCAUAAGAUCGUUGACACCAAGCGCACGCAAACUCGCUAAAUCACAUUUGUAAUCUGAGCUCCGUUUCGAAUUCUGCAAAUGGUUACCGUUCCCUUUGCCACAGGGAAUUAAACUUGAAAAUUUCUAUAACAGUAUUCUUGUGUGGAGAGUAAUGUUUCGAACCGAGAUUGCAACACUUGUAGAUAUAUCGUCUCCCUUAUGCCAGAAAAACGAAUGUGUAAAAAUUAAAAGAUCGAAAAACGUAUAUUUAUCGAAAAUUUAGAAUAUUUGGCUUCUGAUAUGCCAAAUUGUUUAUAGCUUCUUUGUACACGUGGUAUUCUGAGUUUUGGUACAACAUAGAACAUCCAAAGGUUAAUCAAGUCAACUCAUUAACUCAAAAAUGGAAAAUUUGCACAUUCAUGCUUCAGGUAUAAAGGUACAAAUCAUGAUACAAUUGUGGUCAUAAGAUACGAUAUGGUACAAAUCAUGACUCAAUUAUUACUAUUUCAGCCAUUGGUACACAUUGCGAUUUUACCAGCAGG